UCCCCGCCCCCCGCCCGGCGCGCUCUUGCCCUCAAGCAAAAUGGCGGCGGCGGCCUCCCCGCCCUCCCUGCCGAGGUGGUUGCCAGGAGUUGCGUCGGCCUAAGCCAAAUGAAAACCAAGCGUUGGGCAUCAACUGAGAGCACCACCUGCCCAGUCCUGUUCUUGCAGCCCCAGGCGAGGCCUCUCCUUCCAGCAUCUCCUUGCCGGCACUCCGGACGGGCCAGCAUGUCUGAAAGCACCUUCCAUCUCUCGGAGUCCUGUUGUCACGGGACACUCCGCAUUAUGACAGGGACUCUGGGCUUCUGAGCACAGAACUCCUGCAGCCUGGCCGGCUUGGGCAAAGGCUUUGGAACCACCGCCUCCAACUGUACCCAUGGCCGACAAGAGUGCCUGCAGGACUUUGAGCUCCUCCAUCCACAGCGAGGAUCUUCUGAGCGACAUGGAGCUGCUGCCACCCUCGGCUCCUGCCACUCCAGGGCAAAAGGUCCCUUCCUCUCAGGCGGGCACCCCCUAUACCUCCCAGGUGACGGCGCAGCUCUAUGCCUCGCUGCACCAGAGCCGGCAGGCUGAGGCUCAGGCCCGCUCCCACCUGGAGAACCAGCACAGCUUGGGUCUCUCCAGGGAAGCGGAGGCCCCUGAAGUAGAUCUGGACACUCUGGCGGAGGAGCUCAGCCACCGACUCUCGACCAGCGUGGAGGCCAGCACCUACAGGAAGGGACCUGCUGUCGAGUCCCGCCACAUCUCUGAGAUGGAGAACGUGCGCUGCCAUCUGCAAGGCAUGCUCCGUGGGUCCAGGGAUGCUGCUCAUGGGGAUGCUGUGGCACUGCGAACCUUUGAGCGGAAAGACGAUGACUCCUUUGAGAGUGACAGCACGACAGCCUUGCUCAACGCCAGGCCCCUGCAGGAGGUCUCUCCUCCUGGCUCCCUAGCCGGCUUCGAGCAACUAUUUCCCCGCUACACCAGUCUGCGCAUGGGCCAACUCCGUGAGCAUCCGCCAUAUGCCGACUCCCACCUGCUGAAGGACUCUUUGGACAAAGAGCAAGCCCGGCGAAAGCACUGCGAGCGGCACAUCCACGCCUUGCAGAAUCGCAUCCUGGAGCUGCAGCAGCAGCUGGCCGUCGCCGUCUCGGCGGACAAGAAGAAAGACAGCAUGAUAGAGCAGCUGGAUAAGACCCUGGCCAAAGUGGUGGAAGGCUGGAACCGGCACGAGGCUGAGCGAACGGCGACGCUACGCAGGCUGCAGACGGAGAAGGAAGGGCUUGAGCAGGCGCUGGGGAAGCAGACGGAGAAAAUCUCGGAGGUGGAAGAGCGCCUCACACAAGCCUUGUCUGCCCUCAGCCAGGAGCAGCAAGCGGCCAAUCAGUUCUGCAAAGAGAAGGAGGCUCUGGAGGAGGAGAGGGCCAGGCUCUCUUGCGACUUGGAGGAGGAGCGCCGGCAGGUGCGCAGCCUGGAGGCGGAGUGGAACCUGGAGCGCCGGCAGCAGGAGACCCUGCGGGCCACGCUGGAGGAGCAGCAGAAGGCUUGGGCCCAGCGCGAGAGGCAGCUGGAGCAGCAGCAGCAGGUCCUGCAGGAGGAGAGCCGCUCCCACCUGGACAAGGAGAAGGCAGUGGCCCAGCGCGAAGCUCAGAAAGCGUCCGAUGCCCAGCGUGUCCUGGCCUCCGUGCAGUCGGAAGUUCAAGGGCUGGAGGCCGAGCUGGAGGCCAUGCGCCGAGAGAGAGACAACCUGAAGAUGGAGAUGAGUUUGGUCAAGGCACGUUACGAGGCACAAAAGGUGAAGCUGGAGUCGGAGCUGAAGGUGGCCUUAGAGCAGCGGGUGACGGAGCGCAUGGCUGAAGUUCACGAGGAGAGCUUGCGCCAGAUGAGCAGCAUGAGGGAGCAGCACAGGAAGCAGCUGCUGGAGCUGAGCGGCCACCACGAGAAAGAGCUGGCCAGCCAGUUAGCCCAGUUCAAAGCCGACCUGGCGGAGAGGGAGGAGAGGCAGAGGCACCUGGCGGAGGACUAUGAGUGCAGGAUCUCCAAGCAGCAAGAGGAGAUUCGGGAACUGCAGGCCAAGUCUCGGCGGCUGGAGAUGCAGCGAGCGGAGAUGAUGAGCCAGUUCCAGGCUAUGAUGAAGGCGCACUGGAACGAGGCCCUGCGCCUCUUCACCAGUGGCAGCCCAGCCUCCCCACAGCCCGACACCAAAGCCCAGCAGCAGCAGCAGCAGCAGGACACCCCCUCCAACCUGGAGCUUCCGCAGCCCUCCGAAUCGCUGGCGAAGACCCAGAAGGCGGAAUCUCUUGGGAGCAGCCAAGGGGCGGGGGACUGCGAGGGGUCGGUGUGGGCGCAGGCAGUCCCCCUCCAGCCUGCCGCCCAGCGCAGCUCUUCACGGGGUCCACCGGAUGCCCCCGAGAAGUCCCUGCAGGAUGCUUACCGCCAUCUGCUCCCCUUGCUCCCAGACAUGGGGCGUCUCUCCUCGGAGUUCAGCCACGUUUUCAACUACAGCCUCCUCAGCCAGCCGGGCUUCCAGCAGCUGGAACCGCAGGUGGACAGCUCUGUAGCAGGUCUGCCUUUCCACCCUGAUAACCUGGCAGAGCACCCGUUCACGGAUGACACAGAUGAGACCGUGACUGAGGCAGCAGGCCACGAGGGAGAGACCCUCCAGCAGAGCAGUUUGGAGGGUGGAGCUCAAGUGCCUCAGCCCGACUUGAAUUACUACUUGCGUUUGAUUUUGGACCGCUCUGCAUAUGAAACUGCUGCGCAGAAGCGGGAAGGAGUCUCCACGGACAGCCCACCACCUGCCGCGAACCAGACGCAGUUUGGCACGUCGCUGUCCUACCACGAACGGUCCACAGCCCUGUGGGAUCCGGCCCAGGCGUCUGCCAGCACCAUUCACAUCCAGCAGCCCAGCAGUACUGCCGUCCACAAAACCAAAGUACCUUUGCUCAAAGGUAGGCAGGCCAGGCCAGGCUGCUUGCACCCGGAAGCAGCCCUGCCCCAGUGUGGUGUAGUGGUUAAGAGCAGGGGGAUCCUGUCCCCAAAACAGGUCGCUGAAGUUUCACGUCUGCUGAGGCACCACCAGGCCAAAGGCAGGGCUGUGCCUUCUCCAGAAGACCUGUAUAAAUACUUGCGCGAGAUAGGCCAGAAUGGGACAGAUGCCAAAGGCGAUGCAAAUCUGCAAGCGCGGCGGAACCCCAACCCCAAGCUGAUUGACGCCAUGAGGAAAGAGAUGGCCUCUGCACGCCGCGUAGGUGCUUCGGGGUUUGGGCGCGAGAGACCCCAGGCCGCCGCCAAAGCUGGGAAGAAGCCCUCCAGCACGCCUGCCUUGAACCCUCGCACCAGCAGAGGAGGCGGCGGCGGCGUGUGGCGAUGACAUUUGGCGCAGCUGGACUGUUUAUUCCUUACCACGCUGACCUUCCCCCUCCCCUUCCCUGACAUGUCUGGGCCUCUGGUGGUGUGUCUGGGAGCUGCUCUCUGGUUUGAAGCCCCCGCCUUAAUCUCCAGUUUUACCCUCCAACCAUUUCCUCCAACCUGGAGUCUAAAAUGUUGCCUUUUAAAAAAUGGAAUGUGCGUGUUGGAUUUUGUGGGUUUGCUUUUUUGGGAAAAACAAAACUUUCUCUUAAACCCUGCAGCUUUGAGAGACUUGAGGUGGCAGGAACACCAGCUCCUCUUUUUUUCUUAUUCCCAGCAAAAGGCGACGGCCCUCGCUGGGCUCCGUGCCCUUUGCAUCCGUCCCUCCUCCUGCCCUCCUCCCCAUCUCCCUUCCUCAAGUCAACUUCAGCCAUUUCGUUCUCUGGAGAGAGGAGGCCGAUGAUUCAAGGCAACCUGGUUCACCCGUCAAAGCAGCUUGGUUGCAGUUGUGCAUGUGGGAGGUUGCAGCGGGCGAGAGGCCUUCCCUGCCUUAACGAAACCUUUCUGGGCCUCUUUCCCAACACGCUGCAUCCUGAAGUUUUAAGUGCUUUGUUCUGAGUGUGCUGUUUUAGACACACCUGGCUUUGCAGUGUAAGUUGACUCUCUUUUUGCACAGUUAAUUAUUUUUGUAUUAUCACUGUUAUUAUUUUCUAAAAUAAAGGACUAUUGAGCAGUCGG